AUGUCGGCCGUCCUCCCCUACGCCUUCCACGCACCCUCGAACUCCUCCUCCUCGCCCACCAUCUCGGGCUCAAACGUCACAGGCAGCGCAACAGGGACGUCCGUGGGCUCAGGCAGCGCAGUAGGGAGCGUACCGAACUUGCCGAGCGGCAGUCUGGGCAGCACGCUCGAGGCUUUGCGGACCCUCGUGGGGAAGCGGAUAACGGCGUGGACUUACUUGAAGAACGCCGGAGAGGGCAGGGUGUACUGGUUCAAUACUGUCCUCCUCACGUCCGACGACCUGCAGAGCAGCUUUCCGAACGACAGGAUGCGAAACCGAUCGACUCGCUUCGCCGUCCUCGGCAUGUCGCUUUCCGCCCUUCUCGACAUCUCGCCUGCACAUGACUUCCUCCGCGGCCUGCUGUCGCUCGUCCAGGAGUUCGACGCGAUGCCGGAGGAGCGGUUCGGCGGGCGAGGGCAACAGCAGAAGAGUCUCUUCAAGGUUGGCUCGAGGUCGCGGAGAGGCGGCGGGAUGCCAGGCGGAGGCGGAGGAGGAGGAGCGGACUUCUCGAUGGGUCUGCCGCAGGAGGGUGGAGAAGCGAGCUACCUCUACAUGCCGAACAUUCCCUUCGACCUCGACUACUUCCAAGUCCUCAUCACGCUCUGCGAGCUCCUCGUCGAGACCUACUCCAAGAUCUUCUCCUACCUCGGCCCAUCGGCACCAUCAGGCUCCUCCGCGACAGCGGGUCUCUUCCCGCAACCGCCCGGAGCGAGGGGAAGCGUACUCGGUGGUGUUGGCAGCGGAGCGGCGAGCAUGGGGCUCAGCCAGGCGUUGACGGACGUCGUGUACAAGAUCGAUGCGCGGCUCAAGAAAAUCGUCUCGCUACUCUCGCAAGAGUUCGACGGGAUCGCUCGUGCCGCCAUCAAGACCGAGCUGAACAGCUUGCUGGGCUGA